AUGGAUCGAGAUAAGCAUCUCACAAUCGACUGGAGUAAUAUUAAUCCCCAGCACUAUGACUAUUUUGUCGUCGCUGACUCAAAAAUGUUCACAACCUAUGGAAUAAAAUACGACUAUGGAAGCAUCAUGCACUACAAUGCCUACACAGGAGCUGUUAAUAUUGCCAAACCUACGAUGAUACCAAAGGUAAAUCAAGAGCAGAAUCUUGCCCUCUUGGGUCAAAGAGAUGGUAUGAGCGCUGCCGAUAUUGCAAUAUUGAAUAAAAUGUAUUGCAUACCCAUUUUGAAGGCAAAAGCGUUUUUUUUUCCUGCAGACUGUGAUGACACGAACGUCUAUUGCGGAGCUUGGGCGUUGAAAGAAUUGUGCAAUCAUCCAAAUCACAAAGGAUGGAUGAUAAAAAAUUGUCGAAAAAGCUGUGAUUUCUGUACUUCUGGUCAAUAA